CGGCCGAAGACUCUAUCACCAAUAUUUUAACGAAACGGCAUGUGAGAGGAAACAUAUACUCCUCCAAAAUGCCGAAGCGGCCCAGUUACUGCGGGAUCUCUAUGUUGAGCCUGACAGCUUCAUGAAUCAUUGCAAAAGGUUCACGAACAGCACUACUAUGAGCCUUGGUAAGUGCCUCGAAAUAUUUCCAAUUUACUAUGAAAUACCUUAUACCACCCCAAUGUAGAUUUUUGUUGACUGGUGUCUUUAGUUACUGGCAUUCGAACGCCAGCUGCUUCCGCCCCGCAUAUGCGCCACCUGUAUGCUGUAUUGGACGGUAUCUCUGAAAUUUUUGAACCGGGAGCCACACCACCCAUCGAUAUUUUUCCCUUUCUUGCAUGGCUCCCAGAGUCGCUAUUCAAUAACUGGAAGUCACGGGCACGAGAAGUUGCUCAAACUAUGGACAAGGUAUACGGGCCUCUUGUUGACCGUGUCCUGAAGCGCCGUGAGUCGGGUUCGCAGUUUCGCGAGAGUUAUCUAGAUAUGGUUUUAGACCAGCAAGACAAACUCCAACUUACCAGGCAUGAAAUUGACUUGAUGGUUGGAAAUCUUCUCGAAGGAGGCUCUGACACAACUUCCAUUAUGACAAUUGCAUUUAUCCAGGCAAUGGCAUUAUAUCCCGAUGUGCAGAAGGAAGCACAGAAAGAGAUUGACGCAAUUAUCGGUGAAGAACGAUCCCCAGAAUGGAGAGACUAUGAAAAGCUACCAUACGUGGCUAUGGUUAUGAAGGAGACGAUGAGAUGGCGUCCGGUUCUGCCAACGGCUUUUCCACACGCUACCAGUAAAGGUGAGUGAUGAUCCUGAUAAGAAUAUUCUCCAUGUCACUUCUGCCCAGCUGACACGCACAUACUUUUCUUGUAGAAACCGUGAUCGACGGAAUGACAAUCCCUGCUGGCUCAACCGUUAUACCCAAUAUAUGGGGGCUGCAUCAUGACAGCCGCAAACAUGUCAACCCGGACGAAUUCAACCCACUAAGAUUUAAGGGACGUGUUGAUCUCGCACCGACAUACGCCUCCUCACCGGACUAUGAAAACCGCGAUCAUUAUGCGUAUGGGUCCGGUCGGCGCAUCUGCCCUGGUAUUCACUUGGCUGAAAGAGGACUCUUUCUCGCCAUGGCCAAGAUUCUCUGGGCCUUUAACAUAUCUCCUAUGCGUGAUACUCAAGGCCAUCCGCUUCACAUAAACACUGAUCCUGCCACUGGCUAUACAGAUGGUUUCCUCCGCUGUCCCAAGCCAUUUCCUGUGAAGAUCAACCUCCGCUCUGGCCGCCGCCAGGAAACGAUUGACGCAGAGUUUGCAUGUGCAGAAAGAGAUGUCUUCAGUGAAUAUGACAUAUAGGCUUGGUUUACAGUGGUACGCAGAGCUUAGCUAUCUGUUGCUGCCUACUGCGCGUUGUCAACUUGAACUCGAUCUUGGGAAAUUUUAGAGUUUCAAGUACUCCACUUUAGAGUUGCGGCUAAUGGAGGACCUCCCGGCAUAUCAUGUGAUAGAUAUUUAUUACCUAAGCAGUGUUAGUCUUGACGGCAAGAGCAGCCUUUUGGAUGUGGAAGAAGUUCAGCAAAAAAUCUAGCAGACUACAUCACAGGGCUGGUAUAUUAUAAUAUCUGUCUAUAUUCCCUGAAUCAAUAAUGCGGCGUCGUGCAACCUGGCCCCUGAUGCGGUGAACGGCUCUGUCAGCGAUGACCACGAUGUGCUUCUUCUGGAGCAUAUUUUUCCCACCAAGGUCUGUCUAUUACGCCACAAUUUCUACGCGCAUUACUUGUAUGUCAAAUAGCUUUACUACUUGACUAGCACCCUACUGGAUAUAGGCCGGAUCGGGCUAAGAGAGCCGUAAAUCCUAUCCCAUAGCCUUGGGGAAAGAGACACGCCCAAACAGCUGACAUCAUGGCACUGUGGCGAUGUGAUAGCAAGUACGGAGUAUGUUCUUCAUGCUAGGCGGCUGCACCAAUCGGAAAACAGUGGCAUGAACUUGCAUGGCUUGGGAAUACCUCAGUGAUCUGCAUUGAAGAAAUGCGGGUAAUCAAUGCUGUCCACCCGCUAGCGGCCCCUUUCUUCUUGUGCCCAUAGGAAGGCUGAUCACGGUUCAAAUGGACGGCAAAAGGUAAUUUUUUUUUUUUUUUUGCGAUUGCGUAUACAUAGACUCGGAGAUCGGGUACAAAAUAUCUAUCUACAUACUCUGUAACAGAGCUGACGUUGCCCGAGGAUAUAGAGUGAUUUUGGAAUCAGAUGUAAUCCCUUUUGGCAAGGUGGAUUUCUGUCUAAAACUCUUAAAGAGUUCUUCCCCUUUUCAUUAAUAUAGGUGAAAAUUUUUUCUGA